AUACGAUAUGCACAAAGUUCUGGUGAUGAUACUGUGGCACUAGUUAAACAUGAUAAAACUGAACCUGAUGUUACUAUAGCAGCACCAGACUGGACUCAUUUACUGGGAGAAAUUGAUUAUGAAGUGACGCAAAUCAAAAGAAGAAUGCAUGAGUUGGAGGAGUUACAGGAUAAACACAGUACAAGACCUGAUGUGUUUGAUGAUGUUGAAGAAGAACACAACAUUGACAUACUAACUGCUGAAAUAUCACAAAUGUUCAGUAGGGCUAAGCAAGGAUUAUUAGUAAUCAAUAGGCAAGCUAAAAAUGGAUCAGAUCAGGAAAAGAAAGUUGCUAAGAAUGUCGUAUCAUCGCUAGCAAUCACACUACAAGAUCUAUCAGUGGAUUUUAGAAAAGCACAGUCAUCUUAUUUAAAAAGGAUGAAAGGACGUGAGGAGAGGGUUAUUGCUGGUGAGUUAAGACCAACAAUUGAUACUAAUGGAAGAGGAGGAGGAGGAGGAGGAAUGCAGUUUGAUGAUGAAGAAGAAAUUGAAGUACUAGUAGAUAAAGGUUUCACGUCAGGUCAGUUGUCACAGUUGGAGGAUAAUUCUGAACUGAUAGAACAAAGAGAGAGAGAAAUAGUAUCAGUAGUUAGAUCAAUAUCUGAAAUAAAUGAAAUGUAUAAAGACCUGGCAACAAUGGUAGUGGAACAGGGUACAAUAUUGGAUAGGAUUGAUUACAAUGUUGAGAGGACACUUCAUAAAGUCACUGAAGGUGUCAAACAACUGGAGAAGGCUGAGAAGCAUCAGAAGAGAUCAAUCAAGUUAAUUAUUAUAAUAGUAUUAAUAGUUAUAAUAGUAGUGGCUGUUGUUACUUUUAUUAUUGUUAAAGUUGUAAGGAAAGGAAAAGGAAUUAUUUAAUAAUACAUUGGACAAUGACAAUGCUAACAUAAUUUG